UCCUCUCUCUCUUGCUGCUGCUCUCGCUCGCUCUCACCUUCCUCUCUCCUGCCUCCCACGACUCCCUCUCCUGCCUUUUAAGCGACGCGCAAGCCUCCCCCGGAGUUCUCUCUCUCUCUCUCUUGAUCGAUCCUCCAGCCUUCUCUUCUCUGCUCCCUCUCCCGCUUCUCCGCGCCGUUUCAUGGCACGGAAGAGAACGGCGCGCCCACCGCCGCCAAACCCUAACCCUAACCACCGCGCCGUGGCCAGCAGCGCCGCCGCCCCGGCCCCGGCAUCGGGCUCGCCGUCGCCGUCAAAGCGCAUGCUGGCGUUCCACUUCCUCCGCGCGCUGGCCCGGAUCCACAGCACCAGCCCCGUGCCGCGCCGCUCGCGCACCAUCCGCCGCGCGGCCUACUCGUCCAUGGCGCGCGCCGCCAACCCGCGCCGCGCGUGGACACAGGCGCUGCUCCGCCAGGUGCGCGUGCGCCGGGCCAUGAGGUCGAGGCGUGCGGUCCUGCUGCGGAGGCGCGUCUCCGCCGCGCCGCCUGCGGCGCCAGCGCCUCCUCUCGGCGCCGCCGCCAGGACCAUCGUCUCUGCCGCCGGAGACACCGCGGCGAUGGCUCUACUAGCCAGGGCCGGGCCGCCUCCGCGGCAGGCGGGGGAGCCGGCGAGGGCAGACGCCCUCCGGCGGCUGGUCCCCGGCGGCAGCGAGAUGGAGUACUGCAGCCUCCUCGACGAGACCGCCGACUACCUGCGGAGCCUCCGCGCGCAGGUGCAGCUCAUGCAGAACCUCGUCGACCUCUUCUCCGGCCAAUGAUCGAACCAGUAAUUAAUUAAUACCGCAUGGUUGAUUAAUUCUUGUUCUUGCACUGUCGUCGAUCAUAUGCUGCCGCCGCCGCCGCCGCCGCCGCCGUUUGUAUCUAGAUCAUCGCAUUCGCAUAUCUCUUGUUCAUGUCACAUGAGAUCGAUGCAUGAUUAAGACAUAUAGGAGAUUGUUGAGAGGAGAGAGAUUAUUAUUGUUGGUUCAUACUUUUAGUUGGUAAGGUUAUUAGUAGGUGUAUAGAUUGGGAACACAUGGAAGAUUGGAGGGAGAUUGAGGUAAUUAAUUGUAACAUAUAUAUAUAGAGAGAGAGAAAAUUGAUGAAGCAUGGAGUCACAUAUACAUAUAAGCUAGUGCAAUAUACUUGUUGUUGGGGGUCAGAUGAUUGAUAUGCGUAUGUUUGUGAAUUGUGGAACCAUGUCAGCUAUCUUUUGUAGCUAGCUACACAGGUAGGUAGCUGUUUUAUACACACGCACUUUUCUGCCUGCUGUCAAUUUUCACUUUUAUGUAGGUCUAUCUGAAUGGAGAGGAAGGUAAUUGCUCAUAGCAUGGCAUGCAUAUGAACCUUUAGCAUGGGUGCGUGGUUGCAUGAAUGCAUGAAACAUGCAUAUUACCGACUCUUUUAUUUUUCUAGAGCUAGAUGACUGAUUGAGUUGGUUAUAUUAGCUCUCUCUCUCUCUCUCUCUCUCUCUAGCUAGUUGUUGCCUUGUGUAAUUGGAGUGCUAGGAUGGUGGUUAUGUUCAAUUGGUUUGGUGGAGUGUUCCCUUUCUCUCAAAUUUGGGAAAGUGGGAUCCACAGAGUCUACGAGGGAUAGGGCUGCUGAACUUUGAGCUUGAGACGACAUAUGACUUGUAGCCAAAGGAACCAAAAGACAUUCUCUCUACAGGCAGCAGUUAGCAUCUUUGGAUUAAAGGGCCUAGCUCCCUUUUGUUUUUUCCUCGGGAAAUACAUAUUUUUUUCCUCACCUUCCAUCAACUAGGCCAACUAAUUAUCCCCCAUUCCUUUUUAGGUGCCACCGGCUCUAAAGAGUAUUCUGUGUACUUGAUGCUAUCUAGUUUUCUCUUUGGAUUUUUUUCUCGUGUGUUAUUCUUGGUUGUUGUCUUUGACACAUGCAUGCGUUUGUUGCUUUCUUUUUGAGGUAAGAAUCUGCUGGCUUCUUCUCUUCAUUUCAACUGAUCAAAGGAGAAGUAUUAUGUCCAAAUUAUGUGCCACUGGGUAGUUUAAGCAUAUUCAUGCAAAUCUUACAAAAACUAUCCAUAAUUCAGGCUACCUAUGAGUAUUUAUUUAUGGUUUCCUUAUAGGUUUCCCCUUUGUUUAUUUGCUUUCUAUUCUCUUUGUAUAUGUUGUAUCUAUUUAUUUUGCGUGAACACGUACAUUAUCUGUACUGUUUGUCUGUUAUUAUGAAAAGAUGCUGGAUUUAUUUAUUUU